AUUCAAGCGUUUCGAAAAAAGUAAAAGUAAAUAAUAAUUCAAAACACUUACUUAAAAUGGCAGGGCGACCCACGGAGGCGGCCGUCGUGAUUGAUCUUGAUCAUGAUGAUGACCUUGCUUUCGAACUUCAAAUGCAAGAAGCCAUUGAUCUCUCUUCUUCUUCAUCAAAAGGUCACGAUGAUGAACCGGUUUAUAAGAUAUAUAUAAAGGGUUUGGUGGGUCACGAAACAGUUAUGAAUAUUCGGAUGUCAUUUGCUGGCAUCGGUGUUGCAAUCUGUGAUUCUACAAGUGAUACGAAUUGUGUAUCGAAAUUCAGAAAAUCUUUUUUGCUGGAGGCGGGUGGUGGUCGUCGGAAGACUGAAGAAAUUGUGGAACUUAAUGCUUUUCUUGAAGGUUUAAAUGCUGCUGUUAAUCUUGGCUUCAAAAAAGUUCAUGUCUUUACUGAUACCGAAUCGGUUUAUCAUUAUGUCACUGGUAAAGCACGACCCACAAACAAGAAGAUUGUGACACUGGUUGACCAGCUGAUGAACCUUAUUCAAAGAAACUUUGCUUGUUGUGGCCCAUUUCUUGUGACCCAAAACAAUAUAAAGUUUGCUUAUAAACUUGCACAAGAUGCAAUUAGUUCCGAGGCCUCCAAAUGGGCAGAAAGUGAUUCUGGUGUGACAUUAGUUGAGCAAUGCACAAUUUGUUUGGAAUAUCUCUACAGUGAUCAAAUGUUUUCAGUUAACAAAUGUCUUCAUCGAUACUGCUUUUCUUGUAUGGGAAAACAUGUAGAAGCAAAGUUGUUUCAAGGGAAGCUGCCUGAAUGUCCGCAUGAGAAAUGCAUGUCUAAACUCGAACUUCAGAGCUGCAAGACGUUUUUAAAACCAGAACUAUGUAAUAUUAUGAGCUCGCGGUUAAAGGAAACCUCUAUUCCUCCAGAAGAGAAAGUUUAUUGUCCAUUUUCCAAUUGUUCAGCUUUAAUGUCAAAAACCGAAGUCCAAGAGCGUACUGCUACUUCAUCUACUGCUGCUCAGGGGACAGGAAUGAUAAAAUGCAUUAACUGUAAUCGUCUUUUUUGUAUCAAGUGCAAAGUACCUUGGCAUUACAACAUUACUUGCUCCGCCUAUAUGAAAUCGUUCCUAUUCAAGUCUUCUAACGAGGCGAAACUAAAGUCUCUUGCAACAAAAAAUCGUUGGCGUCAGUGUAUCAAGUGCAACAAUAUGGUUGAACUUGCAAAAGGGUGUUACCAUAUCUAUUGCAGAUGUGGAUAUGAGUUUUGCUACACAUGUGGAGCUGAGUGGAUCAACAAGAAAGCCACAUGCAGAUGUCUACUCUGGGAUGAACGCAACAUUAUAUAUUCGCAGAAAAGGCCUAGGCGUUGAGGUUGAUCAUGAUGUAGUAAUGCAGAUCACUUUUUUUUUUGAAAAAGUAUAUGAUGCAGAUCACAUAACUUUUAUGGGUAGUUUUGAUAUUAUCCUUAGUUGUCGAUGUUGAUAGUAGUUAUCUUUGUAUAUGGUCAUAACUUGCUCUCUAUCUAGGCACACCCUUCUAUGUGCUCCCCCUGAAAAAUUAUGCAGCCGAACAUACAACUUUCACCGUACAAGUAGCAUGUCGUUGCAUUUUUUGUAUAGAAAUGUAUGGUUA